GCUUCGCAGCCGCCACGGUUUUUAUGCCGAAUUGUCAUUAUUCACUUCCACACCUCUGAACAAAACUCCUAACAACUUUUCUAUAUAGUCAUCGCCUCUCCGUGCCGUGUUGUUAGUUGGGUAGGCGAGCGAAAGACCGGCAGGACUCGGCAUUCCGUCCCUCUGGUUGGGCUCCAGUGACGUUGCGAGCGCUACAUUUCGACCGCCCCGCGCUGCCUCGAUCGGCAAGUGUAACCAACACACCAACCCCACCCACACCACCCGCGCCCUCUCGCGCCUGAACACCUCUCUUGGCUUGCAUCCUCUACUCGGCCCUCCAUCAGUGUGGCCGUCACAGCGACGCAGCAUGGCGAUCGAUAACUUGCUUUACCGCGAGACCGACGACCUAGCCUACGCCGAAACCAGUUUCUAUCCCUUUGAAAUCGACAUUUCACACUGGCAACUCCGCCACUACAUCUCCGCCCCGGAACCCGACCUCCUCUACUACGCCUCCGGCCACGACGUCUUCUGCCUCAACACUGCCACCAAAAAGCGCAAGCACAUCGCUACCCUCCCCUUCGAAGCGCGAUGUACCGCCAGCGGCUACGGAUGGCUGUGUGUGGGCGGUGGCGAAGAGAUGGGCCAUUUCGCCGCUAUUAAACUCGAUGGUGCCUCUCCCACGCGAACGAGCGUGGAUGCCACAACGCUGCAGAAUAACGAGAGUGGGGUGCGGGAUGGCGUGCGGCGCGCGGCGAGUGUCAAGGUCGACAGGAUGGGCGAGGACAUUGUGAACUCCAUUUCGAUCCACCGCAUCCAGGACGAAGAGGCGCAUCUGGACGACAUCGUCGCCGUGCUGACGAACAACGACAAGACGGUGCGCAUGUACAGCCUACCGCAAAAUCUCGAGACCUGGGUGGUCGACUUGCCCUUUCCUAUGAACCAUUCGACUGUCAGUCCCGACGGCCGGACGCUGGUCGCUGUAGGCGAUGUCAACGCGGCGUACUUCUUUCAGCGGGCUAUUCAGGAGACGCCGCCGCAGAUUCCGAAGCCGCAUAAUCGCCUCACGAGUGCGAGUGUCGAGUGGAAGAUUACGAAUGUGGCUACGCUGCAUGCUUCGAAGCCAGGGUCGACGACGGGCUACUUCACCACCGCUUGGUCGCCUAAUGGCAGGCUGGUGGCGGUCGGAUCAGAAGGAGGCUAUAUCACUGUCUUCGACAUGGAUUUGAUGGCGUCGUGCGCUUUGGAGAAUGGACAUGGCGCGAUCGUGGCGGUUGUGCAGGGCUCGAGACCUGAUCGUCAGAAUCCCUUCCCCGGCGCUGUGCGGUCCAUCGUAUUUUCCCCGGAUCCUUGGGACUUGCUCAUCUGGGCGGAAGAUCAGGAUCGAGUAUGCAUCGGAGAUCUUCGGACAGGCCUCAAGACUCGACAAAUCGUCAAAAUCGAUCCGAAGAUGGAGGGACUACGCAGUAUCACUGUAGACGACAUUCUCGGAGACGAGCCUGCACGGCCACUCGCUAGCAAUCCCACCAGAGACCUGGAUGAGGUGGAGGCAGAUUUCAUUCGGCGGUAUAGGCAGGCGCCGGACAAUCCCACUGCCGUCAGCUUCGCGAGCGAGUAUAUUGAAGCGAGACGAAGACAUCGCGUCCGGGGGUACGAGGCCAUGUCUGCAAGCCUAAGGGCACAGCGCGCAGAGCUCGAGGACGAGCCACAUGAAGCGCGAACUACUCCACUUACGGCACGAGGAUACGAGGCCAUGUCCGCACGGCUGAGAGCUCAGCGUGCGGCGCUUGAAGACGAGGCACAGGACACGCCGCCUGGCCUCACGGCUCGCGAACAGUCGAUUCUGGAGAGUUUGCGCAUCACACGGCAGAGAGAGGAGGCGAGAUCGAGCGGUGGAGUGCCGCCCGCCUCGGUCAAUUACACUUCUUCGGACAUGUUCCGGGAUGGAGGAAGUCACCGCUCCAACGCCACGACGGCCGCAUCGGGCACUCGCAGUGGAGGCGACUCGAUGACACGCCCCAUAUACGAAAUCCUCAACUCGAUGCAGGACUCGCUCCCUGAACUCGCCAGGACGAACGCCACGAGUAGUCCCCGGCCCGGUUCGUCUCAUGGGCGCGACAGCCCUGGGGCCCUUCCCUCGUUCUCCCAAUUCAACGACGGCGCUUGGGCUGGGGCCAGUGCCGGUCAGCGGUCGUCGUCAAGUCUCAUCCGUCUGAGUGACGGCUCUCGCCUGCCCCGUCGCCGCACAGCUGCCAUUCCCACUCCGCCCGAUUCCAACUCACCCACUACCUCCACCUUCUCCAACAGCAACACUCGCGCAGGCCAGAAUGGCGCCACAGCAACAGCAGCAAGCGCAAGAGAAGAAACAGAAGACGACAACCCCUGGCGCACAAUCGAAGAGCACAUGACGCUAGCCCGAGGCCCUCUCUUCGAAUCCGCUCAGCGAGCCCAAGCCGCCUCUCCCCUCCCCGCAGCCACCACAACCACGACCCGCCCCUCCGCCACCGACGACCUACAAUCCGAACUCCUCGCCGAACGCGCCGUAGCCCGUACCCUCGCCCGCAGACCCGAGUACUGGCGCUUCCUCAACGGCACAGGAGCCGCGCUCCUCAACAACGGCGAACGCGGCGACCGCAGCGCCCCGCGUCUCCCCGCUCUAGUCGCGCAGCACGCGGGCGCGGCGGAUCUCAUGCUCCGCCGGAAUCAGAUGCGUUUGGCCCAUUAUGCUGGCAGGAGUGUGGGGGUGCGUACGGCGGGGUUGGCGAUGAGUGCUGAUGGGCGCACAUUGUGGGCUGCGUGCGAGGAGGGGAUCUUCGAGGUGCGGUUGAGGGUUAAAGGGAGGAUGUUUUGGCCUAGUGUUGUGCCUAGGUAGGGGGUUUGGAAUCUUAUGGCAUGGCGUGGUGCGGUUGGGUGUUUCUGGGAUAGCUGGAUACGUGAUACCACUGAUUGCAUGCACGCAUCGAAAUACGUGGCUUGGAUGCUUCUACGUAGCUUUGUAUGGAACCCUUCUCUAACUACUGCUGGAAUGUUCCAAGUCGCUCUGUUCGCAAUGGAUUCAUGGGCUGGACGAGGCUUCGUG